AAUCAAGUCAAAAAGCACAGUGUCUUAGAAAACAUAAUUCAAUGAAAACAAUUGGUGAAUGGUGAUUAUUUUUAUAUAAGUCUGAAAUUGAAUGCAAUAGAUUUUGAAUUUUUAAAAAAAGUUGUAUAUACCAUACUUAAUAAAAGAAAAUAAAACUCCGCUCUAAAGCAUAAACGUUUCAAAAUUCGACUAAUACUUAACAUAUAUGUUAACUAAAGAAUCAAUUAUGAAUCGAGUUAAUUGGAUCAUUUUUAUUUCAUAUAAAGGAUUGUUAAUUCCAUUUUAAAAAUUUUUUAAAGGAGUAUAAAAAACUGUCAACUACUGCGUAUUCAACUAAAUAAAGGUGCAAUAAAUAAUUACUUUUUUAAGACCCGUAUUUUAACACUUAACGCCCAGUGUUUUAACAGUUAAAAUGUGGUUUUCAAAACCUGUUUUUCAAGAAUUUGUUGGAAAUUUAAAAAACACUUUUGAUGUAAUGUGCUCAAAAACAGAGGACAAAGAAGAAGAUGAGGGAAGUACAGAAUUUCUUUUAGAUGGAGAAAGUAUCCAAAAUCAAUCUACGCAUGCUAAAAAGGUAUCUAACAUCCAAACAUUUUGGAACAUAUUUAAUGCAAACCAAGGAGUAGUAAUUUUAUCAAUGCCUUUUGUAGUACUUUCAGGUACUUAUUUAAGUUUAAUGUUUACCGCUUUUGUUGCUAUAAUCUCCAACUACACAAGCAAAAAACUUGUUCGUUGUUUGUACGACACAGAUUCUGAAACAGGAAUUGAGGUGCGUACUCGAUCAUCAUAUGAAGAAAUAGGAGAAGCGUUUUAUGGGAACAUUGGUAAAUGGAUGGUAUACAUAGCAAUGCUUGUUGAACAACUUUCUUACUGCACGUUGUUGUUAAUACUCUGUGGAUCGAUUCUUCAUAGCUCAUUUCCAAACGCUCCAAUCCAAAAAUUUCAUUGGUCUUUGUUAGCAUUUGUCUUGGUCAUUCCAAACGCAUUUAUGAUGAAUUUAGGACAGGUUGCAUUUGUAAGUUUUUUAACUGUUGUGAUCGGACAAAUUGUAUAUGUUACUGUUGCAGUGUAUGCUGUAUAUAAAUCUGAUGACUGGAAAAUACAUGAAACUCCUAAUUGGAAUGUCGGACAGUUUUUUGUUUCCAUGGGAAUCGUUGUUGUAAGCUAUUCGUCGCAGCCUUAUAUGCCAGCUAUUGAAGGGAGCAUGAAAAAUAAAAAAGAUUAUGGGACAGUAAUGAAUUUAACUUACUUUUCUAUAACACUUGUUAAAGUAAUUUUUGGUUUGAUUGGUUAUUUAACUUUUAAAGAGGAAACAAAACAAGUCAUAACCAAUAACCUACCUCAUGGACCAUUUAAAAUUAUCAUCAACGUUUGUGUACUUACAUUGGCACUGCUUUCUUUCACAUUUCCUGCUUACACCGUGUUUGUCCUGUUUGAUAAGAUCAAUUUACAAAACAGAUGGGUGAAUGAAAAAGUUAACAAGUUAUUGUCUUCAAAUGUUUUAAAAAACCUGGCCGACAGUGAAGAAAAUAUUUUAAAUGCUUCUACUGUUGCAACAAAUGAAGAAAGUCCGAAAAAAAAAGAGACACCCAAGAUUUCAACUGAAAAUACUGCCCAAGAAAUGUCGAAAUGGAAGCGUGCAGUUAUAAGAUUAUCUUUAAUUGGAAUUGCAUUAGCGGUUGCCGUUUUAGUACCUCAUUUUGGUUUGUAUAUGAGUUUUGUUGGAAAUUUCACAGGAAUGUGUUUAUCUUUUAUUUUUCCUUGCUUGUUUCAUAUAAAGCUAAAAAAGCUUGAUAAAUUGGAAAUGAUUAUAGACGUUAUUAUUUUAAUUUUUGGAACUUUUUCAGCCGGAGCAGGAAUGUACUUUUCCACAAAAGCUUUAGUAGAUGCUUAUUCUGAAGCUGAUUAAAUCUAAAUGCAAAAAAUACUUUAUUUAAAUUCUAUGAUAUUAAUAACUUAAUAUCCAUAAACUAGUUAUAUGGACCGUUAAUACAGAAAAAACAUAAGUGUUGUAAAUCUUUAUACUAUUCUUACUGUUUUUUGUUACAUUGCUUUCAAAAAUUAAACUCAACUCCUGCAGCAAGUUAUCUUCUGUAUGCAGCUGCAAACUUCUUGAUAAACUAGUGCAAACUUAGACCUGUUGGACGGUUCCAGCCUGGCCGUCAUCAUCAGGAGAUUUAAAAAACUAUUUUAAGUUACUAUUUUUUAUGAAUUCCGCUAUUCCAAUACUUAAAUGCAAAACAAUUGAUUUUUUGGCAAAGUUUAAAAAACAACAAGUUAUUAAUGA